AUGUCGUACCAGGCAAGACCGGCCGGAUCGGCACCGAGCGGUGGCGCGGGCAUGGGCGGUCUCGCCACUCGCAACCCGGUCAUGGAGUACAUCUGCGCCGACUGCGCUGCCACCAACGAGAUCCGCCCCAGAGAGCCCAUCCGAUGCCGAGACCAUUCGUUCGGACGCUUUUCCUGCGUAAAGCGGCUCGGUUUCGCUCCGACGGGCGCUGCCACAGCGGCUGCAGUUGGCUUGCACGGAGGUCGUGCAGAGUGCCAUUUGGCCGCAGCACCGCCGCUCGUAAGGCUUGCAUCACACCCUCUCAACAGCCCUGCAUCCGCACCCUACCUCGCCACUUCCAAUCAGGAUUCGACGGGUGCCCUUCCGCCGCCGUCGACUACGCUCGUCUUAGGCGGGUCGUUGCCUCUCGACUGCCCCACUUGA